AUGAUUUUGGGUUUGAUGAUUAAUGCUUUUAAGAGUUGUUUGUUUGGUUUCGCAAUUGAGGAUACAUUCAUGUUGGCUGCAACUCGAUUUUUAUCUUGUAAGCAGGGAAGGUUUAUGUUUCCUUUCCUUGGUCUUACAAUUGGUGGCAACCAUAGGCGUGUGGAAUUUUGGAAACCCGUUAUCGACAGACUGAAAGCUCGUUUGUCUUCAUGGAAGGGAAUAAUGCUAUCCAUUGGUGGGAGAGUUACACUUUUGAAAUCAGUCUUGACAAACCUACCUAUUCACUACCUCUCAUUCUUCAAAGCUUCAAGAAAGGAAUUGGAUGGAUUAGGAAUUAAAGAUAUUGGAGUUUUCAACAUUUCAUUGCUAUCUAAAUGGUUAUUGAGGUUUGUUUCGAGUGAUCAUCCAUUGUGGUGUGGUAUGCUCGAGGCUAGAUACGGAAGCUAUCGUUCAAGAGUUUUGUCCCAUGAAGAUUUUGUUCCUAAAAGUAAUCAAUCCAUUUGGUGGCGAGACAUAAUGUAUGUCGUGGACUUUAUGGUGGAAGGCAGUUUCUCACGGGUGGUGACUUGUAAAUUUGGCGACGAAAGUGAUAUACCACUUUGGAACUCAAGAUGGAUUGAAGGCUCAACUUUGAAAGAUUUGUUCCCUGCUCCUUUUGCUGCUGCAACCAAUAAGCAUGGUCUUGUGGCAGUUUUGGUAGCUGGAAUGGUAACAACUUUUUGUGGAACAUCAAUUUCAUGA